AUGGAUAAUGAUCCUCAAAAACUUCUUAACAAAAUUACACUAUCGUUAAAUUCCGUUAAAAAAAAAGAAAAACUUAAAGAAAUACUUCAUGUUCUUUGUCAAAAUUCUUUAAAAAAUAUCACAUGUAAUUGGGAAACAUUAUUUGGAAAAGUUCACAAUUCAGUUUUAUCUUUAAUCGACGGUUAUGAUGCCAAAGGAAAGCAAUUACCUGACAAAUUGUCUCAGUUGAUACAAAAUUUAAUAUUGUUAAUAGUUCAAAAAUCAUUUUCCCAAAAGGUAUUUUUAAUUAAUUGCAAUCAAACCGUCUCUCAUAUUUUAUCAGUUUUUAAUUUUAAUAAAUAUGCCAUACUUCUCGGAUCAACCUAUUUACAAAUAUUUAACAAAUUCAUAUUGACUGAAAGAAAAAACUGGAUACGAUUAAAAAAAGAAAGUUGGAUGGGAAUGAAAAAUAUUUGCAUAAAAUAUUUCAAUAAUCCUCUACCUGGAAUAUCAAAUUUAAUUCUUAUUGAAAAUUUAUGCGACAUAAUUAAAUACAGUUCUAAAAAUUCUCUUAGUUGUAAAUGUUUUUUAGACGUUUUUGAUUUCGUCGAAAAUUUAUUUAUUAGCAAUAAGGAUUUUGGUUUUAAUUUUGAAGUUUCCCUACUGAAAUUAACAAACAUGUUGUGCCUUCAAUUAGCUGUGGAAUUUCGAUUUAAAGUUUGCGACUUUAUGGAAAAAAUGUUUGAUAAUGUUUUAAGAUUUUACAAGAGAAGACAUAUCGAUUUCAUAGUGUUAGUAUUCCACUAUUUAAUCACAUCAAUACAUGUUCACGAAUCGAAUGAAACUUGUAAAAGCGAUAAUUUGUCAUAUGCUUGUAAUUUACAAAUUUGGAAAUCCCAAAUAAUUGAUAUUUAUUUAAUAUGUCUUGAUUAUUUAAAAUGUUUCUUUAACGAAUAUGGAAGUAUUAUUGAAAUUGAUUUUUUAGAUUUAUUCGUCGAAGUGUCACAUUUGGUACUGUAUUAUGAUCUCAAGGAUUUUUCUAGAAAUCAUAAUAAUGAUAUUUCAUAUGAUGAACCUGAUUUUAAUAACAAAAGGAAAUGCAUUAUGACAGAUUUUAGCCAAUCUUUAAAUUUUAGUCAGAAAAAAGUUAUGAAAUAUCAAAACGUAAUAGAAAAUUUAAUUUUUAAUUUACAAACAAACAGCAAUCUAUUCUGGUUUCGAUAUUUAGAGCGAUUUAUCGUUAAAUAUCCAAACGAUUUAAAAUGUAAGGAACAGGAUAUAAUUACACUUUUGUGUCAAAUUUGCAGCGAGAAAAAUAAUAUUUCAAGUACAAAAGCAUCACUAAAAUGUCUUUACCGCAUGGUACAAAAAAAAACAUUAUUUGCCAAUAAUUUUGAAAUAAUAAAUAAAUUAUGGUGUUAUUUAACAACAGAAUUGUUCAGGAACCUUAAUUCAGAAAAUGAAAUUCAUUUGUUGUUAAGGAUACUAAUCAAACAAUCAUGUUUACGUGAUAUAAAUCCUGUUGUUGAGAUGUAUUGUAACAAUACUUUAGAACCAACGUUAGAUAAUUUUAAAACAUUGCAUGCAAUUUGUCGUACUCGUACCCUACCUGAAUUUAUAUCUAUCGGACCUAAAACAAAUUCUUCGUGUCAUUCAAAUAAUAAAAAUACAAAAGAAAAAUUAUUGUUAUGGCUUUUUCAAAAUGAAGAUAAUUAUCCUCCCGAAGAAUUUGCAAAUUUGUUGAUAACUCUCAUUUCGAGAAAAUUCGACAACUGCGAAGUCGAUGACAAUAAUGAUGAUGAUGAUUUUGAAAAUCGUUCGAGUAUUGGUAAUUUUUGCAGAGCAAUAUCUUGUAAUUUCAAGACUACAGCAUUUAAAGACGUAAAAUUUGACGUUAAACCUGAAAAUACGAAUAAUAAAAAUCCGUUAGUGAAAAUCGACAGCAAUUUAAAAAACGUUUUAUUUAAAUUAUCAGAACAACGUUGGAAUUAUUAUUUUAAUUUUCUCACGAAGGAAAAAAAUCACAAAAAAGAAGAAGAAGAAGAAAAAAUAACAACCGUGAAAAAUUCCAUUCGAUUUUGUGAAUUAUUGUGUCAUAUUAUUUCCAUAUCGGAAACAUUAAAAAUUUCUUUUUUUUCACAAUUUUUUAUAGAAAAAUUAAAAUUAUUGUUAUUCGCAUGUACGACAGACGUUUUAAAUCGAUUAGAAAAAAAUUUUAUUGACAUCGAACCUUUAUGUAGGAUUUACAGGAUGAAUUUUCAUUAUUGUCUUUAUGAUAAUGCUUUCGUAACGGACGAUUCGGAAUUUUCCAAGCGAUUUGGCACCCUAACAAUAUUCAAUACGCAAAAUUUGACUAAAAUUGAAAAAAUGUACAUUUUCAUUUCUGAACUUUUAUGUCAAUUCAUUUGUAAUUCUAAUUGGACCACUGAUAAUAAUACUGCUUUACAAAUUACCUUAUGUUCGGAUCUACUUGAAAUUUUAUUAAAUAGUGAAAUGAAUAAAAUCUAUUCAAAUUUUCACGUAUUUAGAAUCGUUUAUACUUUUGCCAAAUACGAUGGAAUAACAAUUCCAACAUUAAUUAAAUGUUUGGAUUUGAUUUCUUCAUGUUUCGCGGGUCAAAAUGAUGAACCGGAAUUAACAACCGUCACAAUUCAAAUUUUGCAAGAAUUUUUACCUUUGAUGAGUAGAAUAAAUGAUGAAAAUGUUAAAUUGAAAUACAUGGAAAUAAUUAUUAACAUUCGAAGUCUUAUUUUGGAAAAAAACAAUGGCGGCGUUAAAACCGUUACCGCGUACAUAAAUUAUUUACACGAAAUUUUCAAAUACGAUUCGGAAAAUUCUUGGAUGAUACCCGAUGGAAAUUCUUUUAAUUGCAAAAUAUACGAAGAUAUAAUUCAACUUUUAAAACAUCCAUAUCACGAAGUCAGAUUGUCUGCUGCUAAACACGUCGGAAUAUUAUUUAAAAAAACCGUUAAUGAUAAAAAUGAUUCGAAUAUAAAUUUCCAGCGUAAAAUGUUUAAAAAUUUAUUAUCCAUCUUUAAUGAGUAUAAGGAUCUUUACGAAGGACAGGGAGAAGAAAACGUUAUAAAAUAUACCAAAUACGUAACAUCUGCCGUGACGUUUUUAACAUUAGCAAAUAUAAUUUGUUCGAGUAAAUUUUGGAGAAAAAAUUCACUUUUUUAUUUGAUUUAUUUUUCGAGCAAUGAAAAAAAAAUAAAUUCGAGCGAUGUUAACAACGUGAUAAAAUUAAUAUGCUCGCACUUAAAAAUCGAUAAUCCAAUUUUUUUUUUAAAAAAUCAUUUGCUGUAUUUAUUAAAUAAAUGGAUCGAAAAAGAACUUUUGAUCGAGAAUUUUCCCUACAACCUGUUGGGAUGUGGAACUUUGGAAGAAUUUUUUCUUUUCUCCUACGAUAAACUAAUACUGAUAUAUUCAUUCGUCGGAAAAUUCGACAUGAUGGAUGUCAUAUCGACGAAAUUAAAUAUACCGGUUACGAACCUGUUAGAAAAAUGUUUUCCAGCGCUAAUUUCCCACGCUUUACUCAUAUUAUCUAACGAAUCUAAAUUGGAAUUGAGUGAAAGAGCACUGGAAAUAAAAUCGUUACUGGAGGGCAAAUUAUCGGUUAAAAUUUCAACCCUUUUUUUCAGUGAUCAUUUCGAUAAAAUUUUUUUUAUCAUGUUGGAAUAUUUACACGAUCCGGAACAUCUUUCGAAAUUUUGUAUUUUCCAUGGAAAUUUGGAGGAUUAUAAAAUUUUAGCAAAUUAUUCUUGCGAAGAAAUAUUAAACGUGUUUAAUCAAUUUUCUACAAGAGGUGUCGUACACGUGUUGGAAAAUUUCGCCGCGGAUUCACCACACGUGAUCGAACGUAUUUUGAUUUACCUGAGGCAAAAUAUUGAAGAAGUUAAUCUUUACGAAGAUAAAAUAUACGCCUUUCAUAAAUACAUAUUUUUCGUAGAAAUUUUAACAAAAGGUUUAAUUAAAAAUGGCCGACUGGAAACGUUCAACGUUUUUUUCAUUCGCGACGUUGUUUUUACAUUGAUUGCCAUGAUUCGGCGCGACGAUUAUCAAACGCUUACAAAUAUGGCUUGCAAAUGUAUAAAAAUAAUUUCUAAAUAUUGUUUGUCCGGUCUCAAUGCGACUUUGGGUGAAUUUUUACCCUCGAUAACGGCUUCAUUAACGCCCAUAGCGGUGAGCUCAAAUAAAAAUGCUUUGGAAGUAUUGGAAUAUUUGUUGUGCGAAAAUUAUUCGCAACUGGAAGGAAAUAUAAUUUUCUUAGAUCCUUUUCCAUCGGAUGAAAUUUUCAAUUCGAUCAAUAAACAAAUGGGAAAGAAACAAAAUGAUUCGAAAAAUUUAAUCGACGUCAUACAGAAUUUUAUAAAAGGGAACAGUAAGGAAAAUUCGGAUUGUCGAAUAGAAGGUUUGAUGUACCUUCGUCGAAAUCUUGUCGAGAAGAAAGAUGAACUCAAAGACAUCUACGAUGGAUUGACCGGGUUGAGGGGGUUUUCAGAAGACUGCAAAAAUAGUUUGAUACAUCAAUUAAUAUGCAUUUUGAUCAAAUUGACUACGAAUAAAAAUUUAACCGUUCAAAUGGAAUCGGGGAAAUGUUUGGGUGAAAUCGGGUCAUCAGAUUUAACGACAUUAGUUUUAACACCGGAAAAUAAUUUUUUAAUUUCAAUGCAAUCGGGCAACGCAAUAAAUACAUUAAUUAAAACCUCAUUAACGGUUUUGUCGGAUCUUGUCACAAGUGACAAUUUCCACGUCAAAAAGGCUGCGUCCGAUUGUUUACAUGGAAUUUUAAAAACUCGUCAGUCGACGGAAGUAUUAAAAAACAAUACGAAUGUAUUAAAUUUUAAAUAUUUGGAAGCAUUCGUGACUCGAGGCUCUGUCAAUUUGGAAUUUAAAAUAAAAAGAGCCGUGCUCAUUGAUAAAAUGAAAGGUUUUAACGAUUGGUUGACAUUAAACGAUCAUAAAAAAUGGAUCGUCGAUUUUGUUCAAGCCAUGUUGGAAUCAUUGGCGGAUGCCGAAGGGAUAACGGAAUCUUUUGGAAAAAUAAUACAAGUUCAUUGGCAAUUUGCGGAAAAAAUACUUGUUUCGAUAUUUGAUUUAAUUUUAAACUCUUGCGAUAAAAUUUGCACGAACGUUUUAAUUAAAAGUUUUCAAUUUUUUUUCGAAAAAAAUUUCACUUUCGAUAAUUCGAAAUCGAUGAUGAUUGAUUUUAAUAAACAAACGGUUCAAUGCGUUUUAAACGUCAUCGAUUACAUUCGAAUGCAAAAAAAUCAUGUCGCUUACUCAGAAUUAUUCUCGAAUGUAAAUUUUUUAAACAUUUCAAAAGCGGCCGUGUAUUGUUCGGCUUAUUUCACUUCCAUACUCUAUGCGGAACUUUGGUACGAAGAUAAGAAAAAAAAUGAUCCACACAUAACAGAUAUCGGCGGUAUUUUCGAACGGUACCCGAAAGAAGGUCACGCAUUGAUCGAAAUACUAAGAGAAUGUCAUACUAAAAUAGGAAACGUCGACGGCGUGAAAGGAUGCAGUUUCACGCAUGUUUUCGAUACGCAAACCGUGAUCCGACAUUACGAUCGGAUGGAAAAUUGGAACAUGUCUUUAUUGUAUCACGACAUUCAAUUAUCGAUGGGAAAUGGAAAUUACGAAAGCGGAUUAAUAAAAUCAUUGGAACGUUCGGGAAUGUACUACACUCUCGAUAAUUUAAUUAAAACCGGGAAAAGGGAGGAUUCGAAUUUAACGUCAUCCGUUCGGUAUAAAUGCUCUGCUCAUUUAUCCGAUUGGUCGCUCCUGGACACGAAUUCCAGGAAUAAUGACAGUUUCGAAAAGAGUUUUUAUUUUUCGCUGAAAGCUUUUCGCAACGACGAUUAUUUCACGUUUCACGACGAAAUACAAAAAGGACGACAAAUAAUCAUCAACAAGCUAAGCGAUUGCAGUUUGGAGAGUAGUAAAAAUUUGUAUGCGCCUUUGGCAGAACUUCAAAUUUUUAACGAAUUGGAAGAUUUUAUUACCGUCGUUCAGAAUUCGAACGGGGAUGAUUUGAAAAAUUUAUUCGGAAAAUGGAGUAAACAGGAUGGGAUCAUCAAAUACAGCGAUUUUAAUUUAAACGAAACGAUUUGGAGCAGCAGAACGAUAUUUAUUAAAAUAGCGUUGGAUAAAAUGAAAGAUGCCGAUUUGAAAAAUAUUUUAAACUCGACGUUGUGUCAAAUUUAUCAUAAGAUAAUCGUUGCGGCGAGAAAGGAAAGGAAAUACGAAACCGCGGUGAGAAUGUUAAGCUGCGCAAAUAAUUUAAACGACGUACCCGAAGAUAUUUUGGAAAAAUUAAAAUUAGAAAGAGCGAGAAUUUUUUGGGAAAAGGGUGAUGAGGAAGUGGGAGGAUUUUUGCUUAAUCACUUGAUAAAAAAUAAAGAAUUAAACGGCGAAUCGAAAACGAAAGGUUUGAGAAUUUACGGGGAUUGGAUGGCGCGAACAAAGUCGAAAAAUCCUCGGGAAAUUAUCGAAAAAUAUUAUUUAAAUUCUAUUUCGGAAUCGAGGAAAAGUGAAAAUUUGAUUGACUCGUUUGCAUCUUUGGCAAAAUUCGCGGAUAGUAAUUACGAGCAAAUAAAGGAAUAUUUACUUUCGCCGACAUUCGAAGCGAAACAAAGUUUGAUAAACACGCAACAGGAUUUAGCAUCGGAAUUGAGGGAAGAGUUGGGAUGGAAUCAAAACAGGGAGAAAAGAAUGGCUUAUCACAUAGCAGCUCGUCAAAGCGUCAUAGACGAAAACGAAAUAAAAAAUAAUUUGAUGGAAAGAGAUUCUUACCUUAAUCUUUGUCUAAAAUAUUAUUUAUUAUGUUUAAAAGAAGGAGAAAAAUAUAAUUUGUUAGUUUUUAGAAUUGUUUCUAUUUGGUUAUCGAAUUCUAACAACGAAGAAGUUAUAUCGCAAUUAAAAAAUAUGCUACAAAAAAUUCCAACGUAUAAAUUUCUAUGUCUUCUCCCCCAACUGAUACCCAGAAUGGCAGACGUAUGCUUGAUUAGCAGUCUUGUGGAACAAAUCCUUCAGGAUCAUCCGUUUCACACGUUACCUCAUUUAUUUGCUUUGAAAAAUUCGUACGAGGAUUUGAAAUAUAUCGAAAACAGUACCGCCAUCACGACUCCAAGAGUGGAAACGGCAAAAAGUAUUUUAAACAAAUGUCAGAAAGAAAAGAAGCUCGAAAAAUUUAUCGGGGAAAUGGAAAAUUUUACGAGCGCUCUAAUAGAAUUAGCCAAUUAUAACAUUUGUGAAAAAGUGUCGGGAAAUUGCGAAAUCGAAGUACCCGAAAGGUUAAAGUUAAAAAAAAUCAACAGGUUAACCACGGUAGCUUUUCCAUCGUUAAACCUUCCGCAUGAGAAAAACCUACGAUACGAAAACGUCAUAACGGUUCAUAAAUUCGAUAAAAGUUAUUAUUUGGUCGGAGGAAUUAAUUUACCGAAAAGAAUUAAAUGCAUCGGUUCGGAUGGCAUCGGACGACUGUUACUAGUCAAAGGAAAAGACGAUCUCAGACAGGAUGCUGUGAUGCAACAAGUUUUCACAAUCAUGAACGCUUUGCUGUCGGAAAAUGGGGAAACUAAAAAGCGAAAAUUGGUUAUAAGAACCUACAAAGUCGUGCCUUUAUCGCAGAGAAGUGGAAUCAUCGAAUGGUGCGAAAAUACGCAACCCCUAUCGUUAUACCUAACGGGUCCCGAUGGAAAAUCUGGAGCGCAUAAAAAAUACAAUCCGGGAGAUAUACUCCCAACGGAGUGCAGAGCCAUGAUUAGAAAGGUUUUCGCCAAACCCGACGCGACGAAUCGGGAUAAAUUGAACGUUUUCACGGAAAUUUGCGAUAAAUUUCAUCCCGUUUUUCAUAAUUUUUUUCUGGAAAAAUUUACAGCUCCUGGAGUGUGGUUCGAAAGACGAUUGGCUUACGUGCAUAGCGUUGCGACGUCAUCCAUGAUCGGGUACGUAUUAGGAAUCGGCGACAGGCACGUUAAUAACAUACUAAUCGAUAAUUCGACGGCUGAAUUGAUACACAUCGAUUUGGGUAUCGCGUUCGAACAGGGAAAAGCUUUGCCCAUACCGGAAACGGUACCUUUCAGACUGACGCGAGAUAUCGUUGACGGUAUGGGUUUAUCGGGAGCUGCGGAGGGUGAUUUUCGAAUAUCCUCGAUAAAAACGAUGAAAGUUUUAAGGGAUAAUAAGGAUAUAAUAUUGACGUUGCUCGAAGUAUUAUUAUACGAUCCGCUUUAUGCCUGGACCAUAACACCCGAAAAGGCUUAUUCACUUCAAGGUCAUAAAGAAACCUGUUCUGGAAAUUCAGAAAAAUCAUCGUCGAGAGAGUGCGUGGAAACAAACAAAAUGGCGGAAAGAGCACUCAUAAGAUUAAAACAAAAAUUACUCGGUACCGAAAUCGGGUGCGUCGCGACAAACGUUGAAGGACAAGUUAGUUACCUCGUGCAACAAGCGACGGAUCCAAAUAAUCUUUGCCGGUUGUUUCACGGUUGGCAAGCAUAUUUAUAA